GGUCACGGGUUCCCCGCUUUGAUCCCACCGCCUACGUUCAGGACAAAGAGCGUAAACAGCGAGAGGCCGAGGUGAAGAAUGCCAGGCCUAUGCGGGGCCGGAGCAGUAGUCAACGCAGACGAAUACAGUCCAGACUCCGAGAGCCUGACACCAGACUGCAGACAGGCAACCGAGCCCACAGCUCAACCGAAACCCUGCGCAGCAGAUACUCCUCCAGUGACCUCAGCGACUUGGAGGAUUCCCGGCCCCGGCUCCGGCCCCGGUCACGGGGAAACCGGAAAGCUGCUCAGCCGCUGGGAUCUGCUUCCUGGAACACACGGAAUGUGCCUCGUAGCAAAGCCAACAAGACAAGCCACCUGGCCAGCACCCCGAGCAAGACAGACAAGGCAUCCAAUAAAGAGAAUUACUUUGAUCCCUGUGACCUGUCGGAGAUCGAUGCCCGGCUCAGCGCCCUGCAGGAGUACAUGAAGAGCCUGGACACUCGCACAGCGUAAAGACAUACUGAGAUGUUGCUCUGUGACCUGUCUCCAGCCCAGAGCGAGAGCCUCAGGAUAUUUUGUUCUCUUCGUGGCUCGGAGUGUCCCCAGUGAGUUCAUGACUGUAAAUCCCAGUAAUCGCUUUGUACAGAUUUUAUUUCCAUUUCAAUUAAUCAUUUUAAUUUUGUAAAUAAAUCUUUUACAUAAUGUCAUCAGUGCAUUGGCAGUCAAGUAAAAGUAAAUAGCACACAUUACACAAUGAACUCUGAACUUACGGAUGAGCACACGCUGCUCACGCCAGCGCCAACUCACAAGUACACCCUUUGGGGGGGGAACAAACCGCGCGUGACCGAUCGACACGAAAGUGAGCGCUUCACUCAAUCCUAAAGAGGUGAUUUCACCCAAAUAUUUCCAAUGACUUGACUCCUAUCUGGUAUUUUUGAAGACUUUUCUCAAGUCUCUCUGCAUCUGUGUGUGUGUGUGUGUGUACAGGAAACCUCACUUACGUCGUAUCAGUUGGGACCAGACAUUUAGUACGACUUCUG